UCCAAUUCCUUUAAUCGAUUGUUCCACCGGAAAAAUGCAUGGCUGCUGAAAUGGUUGGUUUCAAGCAGAUGAAGACGCUUCUUCACGGAACUCCAAAACCCUCAAACAAAACGUACAAAAGUUAAUUCUGAGUUUGAUCAGAAUAUACUGUUGAAGAUCUCAUAAUUCUUGAAGAUCCUUUGAAGCUUGCAUAAACAGAUAUAAGCAAUUUAUGGUAAUUCAAUUAUAUGAAAAUUUUCCAACUGAAGUAGGUGUGAUAUCGUGAUGCAAAAUGGGUAUUUAUCAAGCAAACAAAGAUAAGGAAGAUGGAGUUUGUUGAAGGUGGAUCAUCAAUGGCUACUAUUCACGGAAACAACAGCUCGACUUUUUGAGGGCAAAGGUUAGGUUUGCAUACAUCUGACCUGGACCCCACUUUCGGUUGAGAUAUACUGGGCUAGUUUAGUUUGGUUUAGGAUCAUCAAUGGCUGCUUCUUGGGAUCACUUGGGGGAGAUUGCAGAAGUGGCCCAGCUAACUGGCUUUGAUGCAGUGAGGUUAAUUGGAAUGAUUGUAAAAGCUGCUAGCACGGCUCGUUUGCACAAGAAGAACUGCAUGCAAUUUGCAAUGCAUCUAAGGUUGAUUGGAAAUCUUUUACAACAGCUUAAAAUUAGUGAACUUAAGAAGCAUCCAGAGACACGAGAGCCUUUGGAGCAACUUGAGGAUGCACUUAGGAGGUCUUACAUUUUGGUCAAUAGUUGUCAAGACCGAAGUUAUCUGUACUUGCUUGCCAUGGGAUGGACCAUUGUUUACCAAUUCCGAAAGGCACAAGAGGAGAUUGAUCGUUACUUGAAGAUCAUCCCACUCAUUACGCUUGUUGAUAAUGCUCGAGUCAGGGAAACAUUCAAAUAUAUUGAAAUGGAUCAGCAUGAAUACACAUUGGAUGAUGAUGACAGAAAGGUGCAAGAUGUUAUUAUGAACCCUGAUCCAUCCAAAACAGAUGCUGUUGUUUUGAGAAAAUCACUAUCUUUUAGCUACCCAGACUUGCCUUUUAACGAGGUUAUCAAGAAAGAAAAUGAAAAGCUUCAUCUGGAACUACAACAUUCACAAUCCUAUUUAGAUGUUGGCCAAUGUGAAAUGAUUCAACGUCUGAUGGAAAUAGCAGAUGUUUUUGCUUCAGAUUCUCAAUUUGAGAAGGAUGUGUCAUACUAUCCAUAUCUCAGCAGCAACAAAGGACAGGAAGAUAAUAACAAUCUGCCAAUGAAUGCUCAUUCAGCUUUAAGAAGCAUUUCUUCCACUUCAUCCAGGCAAGAUUUGCUCGAAUCUCAUCGACAUGAAGAAUGGCAUUCGGAUCUACUUGGCUGUUGUUCAGAGCCUAUGAUGUGUUUAAAAACCUUCUUAUUUCCUUGUGGAACACUCUCAAAGAUUGCUACUGUGGCAACAAACAGGCACAUGACUUCUGUAGAUGCCUGUAAUGAGCUGGUGGCUUACUCCCUAAUAGUGUCAUGCUGUUGCUAUACUUGUUGCAUCAGAAGGAAGCUUCGGAAUACUUUUAACAUCAGGGGAGGUUGUUGUCAUGACUUUGUUUUGCAUUUUUGCUGCUGUUGUUGUGCCCUUGUCCAAGAAUUGCGCGAAAUCGAGAUGCGAAGAAUUCAUGGUCCUCAACAGACAAAAACAAGCCCGCCCUCUGGUCAGUACAUGGAAUCGUAGAGCGAUCAUAGCACAUACUGAUUCAUGGUUAUGUUUUUGUUUCAAAAUAAUUGUUUAGAUUGGAUAGAUUCAUGGUUGGAAUGAAUCAUUUCGAAAGAAUGGAAACAUAUUG